AUUUAUUUUGUAAAGUUUUUUUUCUUUUUUUUUUCUUAUGAGAUCUUGUAUUAAAAAAUAAUAAUAAAAUAGAUAAGGAGUGAGUUAUUGAUAACGACAAAAUUUUAUGCCGCACAGGAUGGAGAUUGUGGAAAAAGAUAUGACACUUUAACUAUACCAUUUAUAAUCUCAUUAUUUCCUUUCUCUUUUAAGUAGAACUCCAUUUUAACUAGAAAUUAAUAAUAUCAUAAAUAUUUUAUCAAAAAUUUUUAUGACCAAUGAUUGUAACAAAACAGUGAUGUUUAUUUUUUGAAGAAAAUGUAGACGAUGCAGAUAGAGAAGGUGCAGAUAGGAAUUGCACCCCAAUAAACUUCCCGUAUUUUGAUAUUAGUUUUUUCUUGUAUUUUUUAACUUCGAAUAAUUAUAAUAAUUUCUUGCCCGCUAUAGCUUUAAUAAAAGAUAUAUUUUCGUUUAAUUGUAUGCCUUAAGCGCGAGUUCAGGUAUGCGCUCUACUCUCGUCUAAAAAUUCAAACCAUCGAUUCCGUUAAAAAAAAUAAAAAUGACUUCACGCAUUAGACCUAUAAAAAUAACAGCCGUGGGUGAUGGAAUGGUUGGAAAAACGUGUUUGCUAAUCACAUACACUACUAAAAAAUUUCCAACCGAAUAUGUACCAACUGUGUUCGAUAAUUAUUCUGACAGUGUUAAUGUUGACGGACAGGAAUUUAAUGUUACGUUGUGGGACACAGCGGGUCAAGAAGACUAUGAACGCUUAAGACCAUUAUCAUAUCCAAAUACAGACUGUUUUCUACUGUGCUUCUCAAUAACAGCAAGUAGUUCAUUUGAAAAUAUUUUAAGCAAAUGGUAUCCAGAAAUAAAAUUUCACUGUCCUGAUGUUCCAAUUGUUCUCGUUGGUACCAAAGGUGAUUUAAGAAAUGAUGAUCAGAAAAAUGUUAUUUCAUUAAAUGACUGUAAAAAGAUGAAGAAGAAAAUUCAUGCGUUUAAAUAUGUAGAGUGUUCAGCUAAACUUCAGGAAGGUCUUGAUGAAGUCUUUUCGGAUUCUAUUAAAGCUGUUUUGAAGAAACCAUCGAGAAAAAAAUUUUGUUAUUUAUUAUAAUUAUCAUUUUAUGUUUUUAUUAUAUUUGCAGUAGAGUAAAGCUGAA